UCAUUAUUUAUUUUUUUUAAUCUUAAUUAAUAGAAAUGAAGACGAGGGACGACUCUAAAUCUUAACAUGGUCACCUCAUUUUCUGUGCCGAGGCGCCUUUCGACAUUAGCAGUAAAUCGUGGAAAAGAAGGAGAAAAAAAAUGAAACCGCACAAAAACAGCGAGCGUAAAGUGGAUUCUCCCUUUUCCCCUCCAUGCCUGCAAUCUUUCGCAGUAAAGAGAAUCGCGAGGGGUAUGAAUCAUCGGGCAAAAUGCGCACGCACUUCGCGUUUUCUACGCGUGAGACGAUACGCGCGCACGUAGUACGACGUACGUACUUGCAUUCUCCUUCACACACACACACACGUGCACGAUACGUGCGCGCGCGCGUAUUGCGAGCUGGCCGCACGUAUGUUGACUUUUCUUGUUUCUCUAGUCUUUUUUUUCCCCGAUUGAGCCGCGUCCCGCGGUCUUCGCGCGUCGCGCGUAUUGCGCAACGUGAGAUACGCGACCUGCGACGACGGUCGCGCGUCCCGUUAAGUGUCGCCGCGCGCGCGGAAACGGUGAGUCUUCUAUAAAUAGCGGUGUCACUAUUCGUCGAGGCCGAGGCGGUGCGAAUCCACCGGAGCGGGCCAGUCUCCGAUUAUUUGUUGAUUGGGAGGAUAGGAGCAUUGCGCACCUUCAGAGAUUAGCGGCCGAGCCGCGGCGAUUCUGCUGAUCGACAACGGCACUGCGUGCCCUCACGAACACGGAGUUUCCGGCGAGCGGUGGUGCGCGGCGAAAAGAGGCUAGAAAUAGGGAUCCAACGGGAAGGACCGCAGCUGUGUCCUUCGGGGAGGGGUACUAUUUUUAGGCGUUGUACGGUCGGACGUAUGUUCUCCCCUUGCGGCUCUCGCCCCGAAAGCGAUAACCUUUGGCCGCCUCUGUUUCUUAGGAUAAGCGUCUCGCUAUAAUUUUCGAGAUCACCCUGGGUGUGUUUCUUUAUUCAAUAGGAAGAUGGAGACUGAGCAGCAUCACUAUGAGCUGCGCAGCAGAAGCAGAUCACGCUCCCAUACACCUAUGGUCCUGAGCAAUCCUUUGCCAGAGCCAGACGUGACAGAGCAUCAUUAUGAUCUUAGGAAUGGAAGUCGGGAGAGAUCUCACACACCUGGAGAGGUAACUAGCAGCAGGAGGUCUACCUCUAGAUCAUUAACUAGUAGUAAAAUGCAUGAAAAGGGAAUGGAAACAAUAGAAGAGAACAAAGAAGGGUCUGUCACUGAAAGUCUGACCGAUAACCAAAGUACAAUAUCCGAGGGUUCUGUUGUUACCACAAAAAAAGCGGAACGUCGGUCGGAACGUCAAAGACUCAAGAAACAAAAAUUUGCUAGCAGCCAGAAUGAAAAGGAAGAUGUAUCCGAUGAAAAAUCCAAGCAAAAACGUAAAAGUGUUAAGCUCCAUGGGACGAUUACCAGUGAUUAUUCAUCCGAAGAAGGAGAAAGGGAAGAUCCUCCGAGUAGAAUAGGAUCCGCCUAUGAGAUUUACAAACAAGCUGGCGAAUGGUGGAACGUUUUUCCAAAGACAGAUUAUACAUAUUCGCCGACGUCGCAGUGUCGUUACGAGAUAGCUCCGGGUAUAUUAGCAAUGCCCAACAUGUCAAGGCAGCCUAUACACACGUAUGAUGAAAAUACUAUAUCUCAAAUUAGUCGAAACUUGAGCCAGGCUUCAAGAAGAACCACGGAAAGCGGAAUCAGCGACACCGAUACGGCUGAUUUGAAAGACACUGCUUCUUUGAUCCAUUCGUCUGAAGAUAAUAACGACAUGUCGCAUGCACGUACAAAUUCUACAAGAAGAGCAACUCUGUACAAAAAGACGCACAUAGAACAAUACACAAGUCAUAAAGAAUUAAUUUACUCGGAACCCGAAUAUUCUUCAGAUUUUCGGCUAAGAUAUUCACCAUGGGCAAAUACUUCAAAAUUAACAGGCAAAUAUGAUGCAACAUAUGUUGAUUCUGAUGCCGAAUUGGAAGAGACUCUUCUAUCAAAAUCAUCAAUUAGAAUUAACCAAAAUUGGAGGAUCGUACAGUGGUUUACAUAUUUUAUAACUUUCAUUGUCACUUGCUUCAGAAAAACUAUUGGUUUCUUUAGAACCUCAGAAGAUAGGAAAAGGCAUUAUUAUCAUGCACAAACUUAUCAAUCUUAUAAAGAAUCCAAAUGGAGAACAUUGUGGCAGACUUUGGACCGUUAUACGCACAAUAUAUACUUCUUCUUCGCUAGAAUGCUUUUAUUUGAUACUUGGUUGUUAAGUCAAUUCACUGGUACUAGAAAAUGGCUACAAGAGAAAGGCCCAAAAAUUCUUUGGAUCACGCUUUUGCCGUUACUUCUCUUAUUUGGUGGUUGGUGCAUAGCACAAUAUUUCACACAUCUUUCUGUUUUUAAAACUUUGUCCAACACAACAAUACAAAAGUUAGUACCUAAUAUGCAACAGGAGGAAUAUAAGAAUAAAAUUGAAGAAAUAAUUAGUAACAAAAUGCUCAAGGAAGAUUUCAUUAGCAUAGCUAACUUGGUCAACAGGAUAGAAAUGCUUGAGACUAAACAGACACAUCAAAUGGAACAUCUUAUAAAUAUCACUCGGAUUGUAGAAGAGCUUAAACAAGAUGAUGUCGAUUCUCGAAAAGAGUAUAAUGAUAAAAUUAUUGACAUAGAAAAUAAAUUAGAUAUCAAUGAAUUAACAAAUAUAGCACACAAUGAAUUGAAAGUUAUUAAAGACGACUUUGAGAGAAUUCGCGAGCUAUAUGCCGAAUUAAAAUCUUGUUGUAAUGCCAAUGCAGAAUCCGUCUCUGAUCAGAAUAUAGAAAAGCAUGUGGAAAGAAUUUUACUUAGCUACUUUCCUCAUGGGAUUUCGAAAGAAGAUUUGGCAAAAACCAUGCAGAAUUUAUUUGUAUUUCAUAAUAGAAAAGAUCACGCGGCCCUUAAUGCUAUAAAUACCGACGAUUCAAACGGUCACAUGUCGGAUGAACAUAUACGCAAGAUAGUGAAGGAAGUUCUGCAAAUAUACGAUGCAGAUAAAACGGGUCAAGUAGAUUACGCUUUGGAAUCAGCAGGAGGUCAGAUUGUCAGUACGCGAUGCACUCAGCGAUAUGAUAUAAAGUCGAGAGCCUUCAGUUUACUCGGUUUUACAUUGUAUUACGAAAGCAAUAACCCGCGAACUGUAAUACAAGGUAAUCCGAUGCAACCUGGCAUUUGUUGGGCCUUCCAAGAUUUUCCCGGAUAUCUUCUGAUACAAUUGCGAAAUAUUAUUUAUGUAACUGGUUUCACUCUGGAGCACGUUCCCAGAUCAAUUUUACCAAACGAGAACAUGUCGAGUGCACCCAAGAAAUUCGAUGUCUGGGGAUUGACGAAUGAGAAUGAUUUCGAGCCUGUGAUGUUUGGUGACUACGAAUUCGUAAAUUCCGAUGAAAAUUUGCAAUAUUUUCCAGUCCAGAACACAGAAAUUAAUAAGCCAUACGAAUAUGUAGAAUUGAGAAUACACAGUAAUCACGGGCAGCUGGACUAUACGUGUUUAUAUAGAUUUCGUGUUCAUGGAAGACCAGCAUAGGAAUUGCUCACGCAAGGGUUUCUCUUCACAAAACAUUCGCGAGAUCGUUCGAGCAAUAGCGAGAACGAGCCACAACUCUUCAAUACGUGCCUUCGAUUACCGUUAAUAAUAAACGUAACAAUUGGCCCGAUUUGCCGCAGUAUCUGUAAUUAUAACUGUGAAUAGAUCGCGAUUAUUUAAUGCUUUUGUAAUAGAUUUUGUAAUAGAUUUUCAGCGACGCGAUUGAAACGCUAUAUAUACGCACUGAUAUUUAAUGUAUACGCGGCAGAAGCUAUUUCCGUCGCCGUUAAACGCGUUGAGCGCUGUAUGUAUAUAUAUAUAUUCAUUGACGUUGAUAAUUUAUACUGAUCAAGAAGAUUACAUGAUUGAUACCAGGCCAAGCAGGAACACGAUUAUUCACGAGUGUCGGCCUGAUAGUGUGUUCUACAAUAUUGCCUAUAUAUAAAUAUUUUCACUACAUGGCCUUGCAAUAGCAGUUACCCAAAGUAAAGCACCUUAGAACGAAAAAAAAAAAAAAUAAGCAAUUUCGUACAUAUCUCUUGUUCGACAGUGCGAGAGAUCACUUAAGAGUGAGACAUAAGAAAGAUUGGCAAAUAGCACAGUUUCGUAACUUGGUAGAAAAUCUUGGAGGUCAGAUGAAGAAAAAGGAGAGUUAUUCGCAAUAACACGACAGUACAAAUCAUGAUAGAUCGUAACGAUCAAUUAAUUCUAGUUGAAUAUCAUUAAUUGUUAGUUUUAAGUUUUUAAGUGUGCAACACCGCGAGUGGGCGUUACCCGCUUUUGUAAGAAUCUAAUGAUUAAAGCGCGGCAGUAACAUGACGUGCGAUCGUAUUAAAUGUACAUAUCUAUAAGGCAUUCGUUUAAGUUUAGAGUUCAUUCUCUCCUAUUUAGUGAUUUUCUUGCGAGGUUUUAUCGAGAUAUUCAUUUCUGGUUUUUUCUUUUUUCUUUUCUUUUUUUUUUUCCUUUUUUAAGAUCGCGUGUAACCGACACAUUUUCCGAGACAAAUGCUCGCGUUUUUGCUUUACAAUACUUAGCAUUAUUGGCGGCUGGUCGAUCCUCGCCCACGUUAAAAAAAAUGCAGUUGUCACUGCGUUUCUUUUUUACCGUCAUUUUGUACGCGCUAGCGGGACUUUUAUACUUGCGAAUAAAAAGUUGCGUUUCACUUGA